AUUAAAAAUAAAAUAAAAUCUAAAAUCAGGACAACUUUUCCUGCGCGACCGCCGCAGGAUAUAUCGUCUUCAGCAAAACCUCCAAAGAUCUCAAGAUCCUUGUUUUGUUGGACCAACGCCUUCUCUGUUAAUUGGUAUCAAAGAAGGCAGAAUUAUGGCAUCCACUCCUGACACUCAAGUUAGUCUACAUCAAAAUCAGCAGUCACAACAACCUAAGAUACAAAUUUACUCACCGUCCAACGAUGAAGUUUCUGCUUUCUGGAGAGAGAAGUAUGAAAAGGACGCAAAGAAGUAUUGGGAUAUUUUUUACAAACGCCAUCAAGAUAAGUUUUUUAAGGAUCGCCACUAUUUGCACAAAGAAUGGGGACACCACUUCUCCGGACAGGGAAGACGAGUCAUUCUUGAGGUUGGUUGCGGCGCCGGAAAUACUAUAUUUCCUUUACUUGAAACAUACCCAGAUGUGUUCAUACAUGCAUGUGAUUUCUCCCCACGUGCUGUAGAUUUGGUUAAGAUGCACAAGGACUUUUCAGAGGACAGAGUCAAUGCAUUUGCUUGUGAUCUUACUGCUGAUGAUCUGUGCCAACACGUGGCCCCUUCCUCAGUGGAUAUUGUGACAAUGAUAUUUGUUUUAUCUGCAGUAUCGCCUGGAAAAAUGCCUAAAGUGAUACAAAAUUUAAGAAAAGUUCUCAAACCAGACGGGCGUAUACUGUUUCGUGAUUAUGCAACUGGUGAUCUUGCUCAGGAGCGAUUCACUGGAAAGGAACAAAAGAUCAGUGAAAACUUCUAUGUUAGGGGUGAUGGCACUCGAGCUUUCUACUUCUCCGACGAGUUCUUAGAAAAUCUUUUCAAAGAAAAUGGAUUCAAUAUGAAAGAACAUUUCUUGUGCUGCAAACAAGUGGAAAAUAGAUCGAGAGAGAUUAUCAUGAAUAGACGGUGGGUUCAAGCUGUGUUUUUGUUAGCUGGCAAUGAUAGCCUUUCAAUAAUUGCAACUGAAAACGAAAUAAUACACUCACAAGGAGAUGAUCAUGGUAAAAAGGACAUUCUCCCCGAGUCUGAAAUUGAUAUGUCGGAGGGGAUGGCUAGAGAAAUGUUUGGUGUAUCAUCACCCCGUGAAGAGAUUGUUGAGGUUUCUAUACAGGACUACCAUUUCAAGAUAAAAUUACUUUCAAAAGAGUAUCAGCAUACUUGCUCGGCAACUGGCUUGAUGCUGUGGGAAUCAGCAAGGCUAAUGUCUUCCAUCCUUGCAGCAAAUCAGGGGAUUGUUUCUGGGAAAAGGGUCCUAGAACUUGGGUGUGGAUGUGGAGGAAUUUGUUCGAUGAUAGCCACCACUUCAGCUGAACUUGUGGUCGCCACUGAUGGAGACACCAAAGCACUUGAGCUGUUGUCUGAAAACGUGGUAUCAAAUUUCAGAUCACCACAAUCCCUUGAUGCUCUAAGCAUUAGGAGACUCCAAUGGGGGAGCAAAAGUGAAAUAGAAGCCAUCAAGCAACUGAAUGGGACAGGCUUCGACAUCAUAAUUGGCACGGAUGUGACCUAUGUUCCACUGGCAAUUAAGCCCUUGUUUGCGACUGCUAGAGAAUUGAUUUCAACCGGCAGUGAUGCCAAAUCAGCUUUGAUUCUAUGCCAUGUUUUUCGUCGGGUAGAUGAGGCAUUCAUUCUAUCAGCCGCAUCCGAGUAUGGGUUCAGUCUGGUGGACAAGUGGCCUGCAGAUCAAACCCGAAAUAGCUCAUCUCCUGCAGGCAUCAUCAAGAAUUGGUUUAGUGAGUGGCAACACGACGCCUCUUAUUCUGCACUAAACAUAAUGUACUUUUGUAUUGCAUAGGCAACUGGAAUAUUUUUCUUCUGCAUUCUAAGAUUUCAACCAUUGUUAUUUUGCCAAGACAAUGAUACAUCCUCACAGUGUUGAUGUUUGCUUUCUUUUAUUUAAUUAUAAUUCUAAA